CACCAUCGUCUACGAUCAACACUUCAAGAUGGCAGUCAUGGGUCAUUCCAACAUGAUUGCAUUAGUUGUGUGCAUGGCAGCUGUAUUACCUGCCUUAAUCAAUGCUGCUCUGUUCCCCGCAAAAUCACCCGUGGUUCAAUUAAGUCAAUCUUCAUUCAAGAAAGAAGUAUUGGAUAUCGAAAAGCCAACAUUGGUAGCCUUUACGGCACCAUGGUGCGGUCAUUGCAAAAAUAUGGCACCCGAAUUCCAUAAAGCUGCUGUCAAUCUUGAUGGCAUUGUAAAAUUUGCCAAUAUUGAUUGUGAUCAAGAUACAAAUAAAGGUAUUUGUGCACAAUAUCAAGUUCAAGGUUUUCCAACCGUAAAACUCUUCCCUGCAACAAAGAAACGUUUACCGCGUGAUUAUCGUGGCGAAAGGGUUGCAAAGGCAUUUGUUGAAUUCGCAAAAGAUACACUUCCCAUGGGAGCACGUAAAUUGUCCGGUGGAGAAUUGGGAAAUUGGGUGAAUGAAGCACCGCAUAGACCAAAAGUGAUCUUAUUCACAACCAAAUCCAAGUCCUCUCCUCUUUAUCGUUCUUUGGCAUUGGACUUCCGCAAAACUAUCGACUUUGCAUUCAUGCGAGGAGAUGAUGGCUUGGUGCGCUCGCAAGGCCGUUUGAUUUUGGGUAUCGACAUCCCCACCGAAGAAACACUUCCUGUCUUGAUGAUCCUGCCAAGUCGCGAAGAAAAUGAAGAGUUGGAAAAAGGUCAUUUUGAGACGUAUGUGGGUGCACUGAAGUAUCACAAGAUAAAAGCAUGGCUAGAUGAAGUUGCACCAAAGAUGGGCGCAGGAAAGAAAGCCAAACCAGGACUUAAAGCAAAGAAGCCAAAGAGCAAUAUGGACGAAGCCGUUGAUGCUGCAAGAAGAUUUGUCAAGAAUGACGGAAAGGUGGUUGAAGAAGAAGAAGUACCUGAAGGCGGAUUUGUAGAAUGGAAAGCACAAAAGCCACUUUCUUCUCAUUCAAAGAAAUCUGGAAAGAGUAAGAAAGCUUCACAAGCCACUGUGGAUGAUGAUGGAAAGGAUGAACCUAUCAUUGAUGAAUCUGAACCUCACAAAGACUCUUGGGAAGGCAAGAUGCUUGAUAUUGAAAAAGCAGGAAAGCUAGCGGAUAAGUUACGUGCAGAAGCGGAAGAAGAAGGUGAUAAGACAAGAAAGUUCUCCAAAUUGUUCAAUCCUGAUGUAAAGGAUGAUGAAACAAGUGAAGAGAGUGGUUCUUUCUUGGAUAAGAUCAAGGACGCUGCAAGCAACUUGGCGGAUGCUGCAUCAGAAGCGUAUGACGAUGCUUCACAAAAAGUCUUUGAUGCUGCUCGCGGAGCACAAGAUCAAGUACAGGAAGCAACAGCCAAGACAGUGAAGAGCAAAGCAGAGCCAUUUGCACGCAAGAGUGAAGCAUUGAUGAAACAAUUUGAGAAAUGGAUGGCAGGUGAAGCACCACAGGAUUGGGAAGAGACAUUAGGAUCAGACUUUGCACGAGCACAAAAAGAUGCCGAAGAACUUUUACGUAAAGAUCCAACGGAAGCAGCCCGUCAAGCAUGGAAAAGUGAAGAAUGGCUUUUAGAUCAAAUGAAGAAUGAUCGAGAAAAGAUGUUGAACGUGAUGACGCCUGAACAACGGUCUCAAGUAGAAGGAAUGAUUGAAUUAAUUGAAGAAAGAAUGAAAAAGAAGGAUCGUAUCAAUCCGUUCGAACGUGAUGAUGAUGCUCAAUUCCCAUUCUCGCAAGAUCGAGUGAUCGAUAUGGAACCUGUUCCUGAUCAUCAUGACUUGAAAGAAAAAGAAAGUAAGAAGUUCCACGAUGAGCUUUGAUUCGAUAUCAAUCUCGUUAUAAAUGUAUUUCAUCAAUCCUUUAUUGCAAUGCAUAACAAGUCAUCAUGACCGCAGACAAAGAAGCCGAGGAGUUAUUUUGAGCCGUUGUUUAUUUUUCUCGGUUAAUCGCAGCGCCGCCAUU